AUGACCUUGAGCCACCGCCAAACGUCGCGCCAGCCAUCGCCGAACCCGACUCCACACGAGGAAGGCCAACGCUACGCAAUCAACGGUAUGCCGCUGCAGCAGUCGUCUUUCUACGCGUCUUCACGCGAUCUCUACCAGCCCAGCAGCCUGCUGAAGAAAGACAGGUCGUCGGGAGCCUGGAGAGCGUCUACCUGCAAUACCUGGCUACGAGCUUACCCAAGCACUCGCCAGAUUCUGUGCAUCGUUGCCAUCGCGGUGCAGAUCAUCACCAGCCUCGCAGGCGCCAACGCGUCGGACAAGGGGCUGCUGGAUGCCGCGAUUAUCCUGGCCAACUGUGCCUUCGCGUGCGCUGCCGCCGCCGCCGCGAUCCUACUCCUCGCUCCGGAGCGCGUCGAUAAGAUCGAAACAGGUCUGCUCAUCGGAGUGGGCAUGGUCUGUACUCCGAUGGCGCUCAUGUUCGUCGUGUGCGCGACGUCGCCCGUGGCGGUCAUCGUCGUCGUCGGCGUCAUCGUCUGCUUGGGUUUCUUGCUGGUCUCUGCAAUUAUGUUUCUGCGUACCGCUUAA